CUGCGAGUGCGGCGGCCAGUGUUCUGGCGAACGUGGCCUGGGGAGGGUGUGCGUUUAUUUAUCUCGCCGUGUUUCUAUCGUGUGUCUUCUCUUUGUAUUUGCAGACCAUCACUGGGACACAGUCGACAUCCAAUAGUCGUAGAUAUAUCCUGAACACUGAGAAGGACCAUUAAACCAUCCUAAGCCUUUUUUGCCCUGAUUUUGGCCGAGACUUCUUGAAAUCUGGAGUCUGUGAAGGCUUUUUAGGAUGACACGAAACUAGAUCACGGUCCUUCCUACUUGUUUCUGAGGAAAUAGUGACAAGUGUGAUGCAUCUCACGCUAUGAGAGUGAACCAGCGGUCAAGAUGAUAAUCGUGGACAUGGUUGCAGGUGUCAAGUCACUAAGGUGCUGCCAACAUGCUGACGUGUCCCAACUGCCACCACGUGCUGGCGACCCGGCCCUGCUGCAGCAUCACCCUCCAGUGUCCCGCGUCUGCCCCACCCAUGUCUACAUUGGCUCCUCCUGCUGCAGGAGGGCCGCUCAUGGGCUCCUCCCUCGGCUCCGCGCCUCUCCACCUCUCCACAAACGCCGCGUCUGCCUCUACAGAGCAGCAGCACCACACCCUGCACUCUCCACAGCAACCCCAGGCCCCGCUAGCCACGCCCCAUGUCAGCGGCCACAUGUUUCACUUCCCCACGCUACAGAUGCCCAGCUUCGUGGGUUGUCACAGUCCCUGCCACAUGACGUGCCAGGGUGCGAUGCCCCCACCUUGUUCAACAGCGUGCAGGAGCCCAGCGGUGUGUGGCGGAGGCUGGCGGUGGCCAGAUAGUGGCGGCCGCACCUCGGAUCACAGUUUGGCCACGCGCAUGCACACCUCGGGGGGUGGCAUAGUUGAUGCGAGUAGCAUGGCCAAGGCGGGAGUGGAAGAGGACAGCGUGGUGGCCUCCACCCGCAGGGCUUUGGUGAAGAGUGGGUGGUAUUGGGAACGGAUUACGUGGCGGGAGGCUGAGGCCCUGCUGCAGGGCACCAGCCUAGGCACCUUUAUUGUGCGGGACUCUGCCGACAUGAGGUUCUUGUUCUCCCUGAGUGUGCAGACGGAGCGGGGACCCACCAGUGUGCGCAUCCAUUACUCGGGGGGAAAGUUUCGGUUAGACUGCGAGGCACACAUGGCCCCCACUAUUCCUGAGUUCUCUCACGUAAUCCGCCUAGUGGAACAUUACAUCAGAAUCAAUCGCAAGCUGCAGCGACACGUGUGGGUCGACACUCGUGGCCAGAUCUACUCCCCCAUCACCAUCAGGCAGCCCCUGAAGCGCAACGUGGCGCCCCUCAAACACCUGUGUCGCCUAGCCAUCAACCAGUCCUUCCACCAACCCGCCACCUGCCUGCCCUUGCCCGCCCCCCUCGCCGCCUAUAUCGACGAGUACCCCUUCUGGUGCUAACAACACCCCCAUCCCCCUUUACAACUUUUGAUGCUACUAUAGGUUCUUUUUUCCUAGGCAUAUGCAUGUGCGUAUGUAUAUAGUAAUGAUUGUUUAUAUUUAUUAUAUAAAUGGAAAUGGGGUCUGUGUAUAUACUUCAUGUGUAAGAUAUGUAUCUUUAUUUUCUUUUUUUCACAUGAAUUCACAUACACGAGUCUUGCAUCCUGUCUUUACUCGCCGUGAGGAGUGAGUAAGCAGUGAAGGCGCUCGUACACCGGCAUGUGUGGUUGGUAUGUAGACGUAAACACACACACACACACACACACACACACACACACACACACACACACACACACACACACAUGCACAUUCAUUCAUUCAUUCAGAGCGUUAAGCAUCAGUAGCGGUCCGACCCUUUCGUCUUCAGGAAGCAUUUCCUGUCAAUGAACCAAGUGUGACGUACAUGCAGAAUUCCCGGCGUAGAUAUUUGUUCAUAAAUUACAACAUGAUUGACAUUUUUAUUCGGUUGCAUUUCCUCUAAUGACGAUAGCGUUUUUAUUUUGACAGCGAAAUUUCACAUUAAUUUACUUGUCUGCAGCGAUACCAAUAUAUUUCCCGGGACUUGCUGAGAAACAAAGCACAGUGGCGGCAAUGUUAGUUGUACGCAGUGAGUGUAGGAUGUUUUGGCUUCAGAGAGAGAGAGAGAGUGUGUGUGUGUGUGUGUGUGUGUGUGUGUGUGUGUGUGCGCGCGCGCGCAAGGCUGCAUUACGUACGGAUUUGAUGACAGCCACUGCACGGGAGUACUGAGAUGAGUCAGUAACAGACAGUGCAUGGGUCGAGUUUAUACGGUUCUAACGAUAAGGAGAGAUGCCAGACGAUGCUUGGAGAGAAUACAACGUUGUGCUGCGCAUGAGAUUAUAUAUUGUUUUGUCGUUAAGGAGAGAGAACAGACGGUAUACGAAUUGAGAACCACGAUGUAGAGAUGACAGUGUACGAAAAUAAAAACGGGGUAUGGAAGAGAGAACAAGAAUGCACGGAAAGGGAACCAGAGUGUGGCGCGUUAAGAUCCGGUGACAGGCAGUGCAGGGUGCAAGAACUGAUGUACACCACGUCAGGGUGAAAUGACAGGGUGUGGACUGGACGGGGCGAGGCUAAAUCUUUACAAAAACAUGGUCGUUCAUUAGUUACUCUGAAAUUAUUGAUAAACCGAAAAAAAAAGAUGCUUCAUUCAAAAUUAAAGUCAUUCAAUAUUAUCUGUCUAAUUUUUAUACAAGGCCAAGUGACUCCACGUAUCAUUUGCGACGCUACACGAACCUGUUUUGAAGCCCUGAAUUAGUCACCCAUUCAGUCGCCUCUCGUAAUGAAACACUACUUAAUAUCACGAUUUUAUUACCAGCUACAUAUGCUUGAUAACUAAACUCUCGUACGUACCAACUCUUCAGUGCCUCACAGCCCUCGUCUCUUUUUUGUCUCUGGUAUUAUCUCACCAUAAGUGCGUCGAGUGAAGGCCAAGCACGCACUUACUCCACCCAAGAUUUAAAUUAUUGACACGUAUCAUUGAAUUGUAAGUGACCUUUAAAAUUCAUCAAGGCGAGCGGAGAGAUAAGAGUAAAAGAUCCCCUGGUUGAUGUUAGAACUUCUCGGAAUCAAACGGAAGAUUACCACUACCAUUGCAAGGCCGUGUCGCGCAGGCAAGGUGUGCGAGGUGCUACGUAUUGCUCAGGAUUUAAUACCCGGGCCAUGGUGCGCCAUCUGUCCACUGUGGUUUUGACGAGUACCAACAAAAUGAAAUACAAAGUUAGCAAAGGAGUUAAUUUCAUUCUUCGCAUACUUAGAUAUUAUGAAAACAUUUUUUCUUGCGAAUUCAUUAAAUAUAAGAUGCAAGAGUCAAGCACAAUUCUCGGUAUUACAAGCAUGCAACUUUUUAUAACUGAGUAACACGAAGCGUGUGUCCAUCCCCUCUUGCACAGGAAGCAGUGGAUUGAAUAGCAGAGUGCACGAGACACUGUCCGCAAAAAAAGAGGCAAGAAGGAAAAUAAAAAGAAAGAAAAACAUUACCACACAUACUACUUGACAUGGAUAUUUCGUUUCAAGUCCCAUUUACAUUUUCUGGGACUUGACACUCCUGCAUAAUAAUAAGAAUGAUAAGAAUCUCACUGAGUCUCACGCUAGAUGACUCUGACCUGACUGGAGCAAGUCCUUUUAAGUUGCCAUUGCCGAAACAUCACAUAUCAGCUUCAUGUUAGUCAGUGUGUGUGUGUGUGUGUGUGUGAGAGAGAGAGAGAGAGAGAGAGAGAGAGAGAGAGAGAGAGAGAGAGAGAGAGAGAGAGAGAGAACUUGGAAAUGAGAAGAUGAGUUUACCAUUGCUCUCGCCAGGCCGUCGCUAAAAUUCACUGUCACGAGGCCACUGUACUGAGUUAAUUCAUGCAAGUACCAGGAAUAGUAACUAGUUUUUUUUUUUUUUUAUUCGUAAUUCCUGCCAGUUCCUCCCCUCAUCCUUAGAAGCAUAAUGCGUUACCAUAUAAUGUACGAGAUGUAAAGUCACGUUAAAGAAUUGCUGAGGUGAAUUAAAAGAAAAAGCAGCAUUAUAAUCGUACAUUGACUACUGGAGCGUUACGAAAUAUAAUAUAAAUGAGCAUCGACACGACCGUAGAGUUUAUAGCUGCCCUUUCUUAUGUGUGUUUUCAUUGAUAGUUCAAAAGCAAACUUUGUAACCAUACUCCAAACACUUGGUUAACUUUUGUAGUGUGACGAUACGAAAACGAGAGAAAUGAGCAAUGAAUCAAUGCUAAAGUUCAUAGCAUAAGUUUCUGAAAUUUAACGUUGCUACUCCCCAAUUCAUUGUUUAAAAUUUUGUCAGCAUUUUUAGUCACACACAUUAAUCGUUUAGUAACUUUCGCAUCAUAAUAAUCUGAGAGAAGCUUCUUGUUAAAAUAUGUAUUCGAAAAAUCAUCAGUUUAGUAAUGUACUGACUAAUUUAUAUUUUUCUCAGUAACAAAAUAAAAAUCUUAACAGUUCCUGAAAUGAGUGAUGAAAUGUAGUAUGUUGGCAUUCUUCCAGCUGGUAGGUACUGAUCGUUUGUUGUUGGUAAAUGUUACUGUAAUAAGGUAAUGUUUGUUUCACCACAAUAUGGACGGAUUUGUGUUGCGUAGCUAGAGUACACAAAAUCUCUUCAUUGUUAUUGGCAAUGCUUAUAAUGUUUUUGAAUUACCUCAGGAUUUCACACACGCUAACGAGAUAAAAAACUAAUGUGAGGGUCCAAUAACACACACACUCACACAGAGGACCAUAUUAUGAAACGCUCUGCGCUCCAUCCCGACUACUUCCAUAGGCUUUAUGAAUUGAACUUACACCGGUUUUUAAGUGUUUUAUUUUUAUUUAUUUUUUAUUUAUUUAUUUAUUUAUUUAUUUUUUUUUUUUUGCGAUUCUAAUGACAGCUUAAAAAUAUGUCGUCAUCAUUGACAGUAGAAACACUCUUAAGAACCAGGCCUAUCAUCUCCGUGGCAUUUAGAAGAUAGUCAUGAUGAGAGAGCAAAGCGUUUCUGAAUGCGGCCCAAACACACAAGGUUAAACCAAACAUACCAUUGACAACAGGAAUGUAACUACAGUUAUAAUUUUACACUUGUACCAGUAGAGGAAGCCUUCAGCCAUUUAUGUGACUUAGAGCUUCCUUGUUUCAUAGACUGCCCAUACAAGAGUCCAAUACCCUUAGGUUCAAGCAGUUCUCAAGUAGCAACUUAGAGUUUGGGAAGGAGUGCAGGUGUUGUGUGAUCCGAGACCGCACUCCAGAAGUUUUGGCGCUUAAUCUCUUCUAUUUUGAAUAGGCUCUACUGGAAGUUACGGGAGGAUUUCGAGAUCUUCAUGAUUCCAGCAAUAGUUCAACAAAGAUCCUGCAUCAGCAGCGGAAAUGAAACGUCUAUGAGAACCAAACCAAUAAUCUCCGUGGCCUUGAAAACAAUUUACAUGAUAAUCCAAAGCGUUUAGAAAAUUACGAGUUUUCUUGACUGAUGCUGUAAAUUUGUGUGUCACGUGACAAUCCUGCUCAUCAAGGCAAAUUUUUCAGAUGCUGAUGAAGCGUAUAACAAAUCCAUGAUAAUACAAGGGGAAGCUACAAAGAACUAGUAAUCUUACACGGGACUACGUUAUGCAGUGAAUCCCACAUUUAUCUCGAGAACCACUGAAAUGUGAAAUCAAAUCUUGUACAGCAAAGUAUAAGGUAGAUCCAUUGCAUUAAGAGAAUUGUACUUGAAAAAAAAAAAAAAAGGAAAAGGCAUAAAUUUAAGAUGUUCCCAAAUGGUUUAUUAUUGUUUAACUUUGAAUCACAGUGAAGUUGGAUAUGAUUUAGGAAUCAGCGUAGUAGUACAUACUGAAUAAAGAAAGACAAAUGAGUAGGAAAGCUUGUGAGGAAACUUAAGCUGAAGCAGAAGUAGGAUAGAUUCACGUACAUUUCAACUACAGGUCCUCCUUUUAUAUGUAAAAUAUGAUAAUAUUGUAAUUUUUUUUUUUAUAACUUUCAACUGUAGUUCCUCCUCGAAGCGUAAAAUAUUAUAGUACUAUAUGAAUUCAACUUUUUUUUUUACAGAUCCUCUUUAAAAUGUAAAAUAUAAUAGUACUACAAUUUUCAACUCAUUGUUCUCUAGCCGUAAGAUGCAUUAGCACUUUAUAACUUCUACAUAUCAAUUGUAAUGUCCAAGAAGCGUAAAAUGCAAUAGAAACCUCUUCACUCAAAUACAUUUCGUUUCUAAGGAAUAGCUGUAAACGAAACGUGCGACCAUAUAAUACUCUACUCCUGCUUGAGUAUCCGCACCAGCUCUCCUGCUUCCUCCUGCUGUUAGGGGGUCUUGACUUGAUUGGCACGUGCUGUACAUUUCACCAGGUGCCAAAGAAUAGGAGAUUUACACUUAUACUUGCGUUCCGUAUACAGUUUACCUUUGGCGAAGGGAAGGGAAGAUCUGUUUGAGACAUUCAGUUAGUCGCUACCUUGGUUUAUGUUUUCUCUCCUUUUCUCCGUAAAAUAUUCAUGUUAUUUUCUUCCACACGCUUAUUUCCAUUGAUUUUUCUUGUAUCUUUUUAUUUUAUUUUUUAUCUUAUUUUAGUUUAUCAAUUUGUUUUCAGAAUCUUUAGGGUAUUGCAUGCAUAAGGGACCAUCAAAUUUGUACCUUUGUUUAUUUUUGUUCUAUGGGACACGUUAGUUAUUGUUAUUGUUAUUAUUAUUAUUAUUAUUAUUAUUAUUAUUAUUAUUAUUAUUAUUGUUAUUAUUAUUAUUAUUGAUUUCUACAGGGUUGUGUAUAUAAUGAUGUCCUCCCUUCAAUGAAUUCUUCCAUUUUUUUAUCUCAAUGAUGUAGUUGUAAAGUAAGUGGUCGAGAGAGAGAGAGAGAGAGAGAGAGAGAGAGUGCAGAUUUGUUGUUUGACAGGCUAGAGUUUGUGAAAUUUGUACUACUGUGUGUGUGUGUGUGUGUGUGUGUGUGUGUGUGUGUGUGUGUGUGUGUGUGUGUGUGUGUGUGUGUGUGUGUGUGUGUUUGCUUAACUCGUUAUAAUUUUCAGAGAAUUCACUCAGUCUCGUUAGGGGCUGUUUUUUUUUUUUUUUUUUAAUGGCGUCUUAUAAUUUUUUUUUUUUUUGUCUUCUUGUAAUAUUUUCUUGACUUAUUUUUGUUUUGUUCCUACGGAAAAAUUUAUCAUAUGUAAUUUUGUAUAACUUCGUGUGUGUGUGUGUGUGUGUGUGUGUGUGUGUGUGUGUGUGUGUGUGUUCCUAAUGAUGGUGACACAGGCAGUUUUGGUAUUCAGUGCAUAAGAAAGUGUUAUGUAAAGUGUGAAGGUGGAUUGCAAUUCUAGUUUUUAUAUGAUGUACUGAAGGAAAGUUAAGUGCGUUAUAUACAAUUAUCGGGCAGCUUAUAGUGUGUGUGUGUGUGUGUGUGUGUGUGUGUAAUCCUUAAGUUGGGUUGUGUUCAAAAUCUCGUCGCCUGCAUACACACGUAAAUAAGAAGUGUUAUUUUCACGUCCAGUAAUUUAACAUAUUAAUUCAAGGGAAAAAAAUAAAAGAGAAAAUAAAUAACUCUACUUGAAAUUGAAAGUUGUCACCAAAUUUGGAGACAUGGUGGCAAAAUUUUGUCAUUACGUUUGCUAGUAACAUUUUGUUACAUCGUGACUAAUUUUUGUUUGUCACUAAGAAUAUUGUUAGUGUAAAUCGUCUUUUUCUCAUGUUACAAAUUUGAAUUUGUCACCAAAUUACAAGACUUGUUACCAUUUUAUUAUUUUUUUUUUAUUUUUUCAAUAAGCUUUUUAACUGUAGCUUGUGACGUCUCAAUUUAUCGGUAUGUCAUCAAAAAUAUUCCUCUUGUAACUCGUCUUUUGUAUAUGUAACGAUCUGGAGCUUGUCACUGAAAUUAGAAGACUUGGUAGCUUGGAGUUUUCUUUAUGUUUAUCAGCCAUACCUUGUAACGUCAUAAUUCGUCGAUAUGUCACCAAGAAUGUUUUUCCUGUAAUUCGUCUUUUUAUUCAAAUUUAAUCGUAACCAAAAUCACAUUUUUUUUAUGUAGAUUUCAUUUGUUAAUCAUAUAUUGUAACCUUGUGAUUUAUUUGUAUGUCACUAAGAAUGUUCCCGUCAAAGUGGUAAUGUGAUGUAGAGUGUGUAAUGCAGAAGUGAUGUUUAUGAAAGGCCUGUAACGUGGCAGGAGGUGCUAGAUUACAACAGUUUUCAUUUCCCUUGUAAUGGGAAAUAUAAUUAAAUCAGCUAUGUAUGUUGCUGAUCUCAUAGAGAUUGUAUUAUAUGAAACUGAAACUUAAUGAUAUGUUUGAAAAAAUGUGCAUAUUUGUAUUUUAUUUUUAAACAACUGCCGAAAAAGUAAUGAUUGAUAAGGGUAGUUUAAGAUGAACACAGAAGUUAUUAAUCUGAAUGAUGAAUUGUUUGAGAGAGAGAGAGAGAGAGAGAGAGAGAGAGAGAGAGAGAGAGAGAGAGAGAAUUUCGCCCUGACUGGGCAUUACAUAAACAUUUAUAUUACUGAGAAGAGGCCAUGGUGGCGAGGGACGAGCCGGGAUGAGGCGAGGGUUGUGUGGGUUGAUAAUGAGUUCCAAGAAGAGAGAUUUAGAGCGUUAAGAGAAUACUCGUAGUUUGUGUGUGUGUGUGUGUGUGUGUGUGUGUUGCGUUUCUUUUUCUCCAUGGAUGAGUUAUGUUAGUACACGACAUGAUUAGAGAAUAUGGUAACAUUCAGGGCAUAUUUAUUAAGAAUAAUUUUAAGUUUCUAUUUUAUAUCGAAUAAGUGUGUACAUAAUUACUCUUUUUUUUUUUUUUUUUUUUUUUUUGCUAUCAAGAAUAUCAUCUGGCUACUCUGUUCCACGUCUUGCCCGCUGGUUGAGAAUCGGUGCCUGUGACUGAGGCCAAAACAUGUGUAAAUGCAUCGAGAUUCCUACUAUGUUUUGCUUGGUGGAAUUCUGCGACAUAGAACAACACUGGCUAUCUGAUCACUAUGUACAUGAACUAUUCUCGGUGCCCAGUGACAGGCGCUUGAAUAAUCACAAAGGGGAUUAUACGAGUGUUACAUCUGGGUGAGCUCUGCAUGUUUGGCAAGUCUACCUCUUACUUGACGCAGAGUAGGUUGGACAUGACACGGGGCGGGAGACUUGAUUUUAUGAACCCAGGAAACUUGUGUUGAGGUAGUUAAGUAAAAAGAUCUUAUGGUUAAUUACUUACAUGAUGAUUUACUCUUGAAAAACGGGUAGCGAUGAGAAAAUAAAUGUCAAUGUAUGAUGACUAAGUGCGAAUGUAUUAAUAAAUAUUUAUUUUUG